CUGACACGUGACCCCGCCCCCUGCCGGAGGAGGGCGGAGCCGCCGGAGCACGUGGAGGCCGCCGCUCUCUAGCGCCCCUAGCGCCUUCCCCGUGCAGGACACUCCAGCUCGCCCUGCAGCUCGCCCUGCAGCUCGCCCUGCAGCUCGCCCUGCAGCUCGCCCUCCAAGGCGGCACCAUGGGCAGAGCCUUCUGCAAACUGGUGGCCACCGUCCUGCUUGUCAUCCACCUGGGAGCCGUAAAGGCCUGGCAGGACUGCAGCUGUCCAGCCGGUACUUUUCUGAAUGACACAAACUGUGGGAAGAACAAGCACCAAGUUUGCCUCCCUUGCCCUCCAAACAGUUUCUCCAGCACAAACGGCCAACAGACAACGUGUGACAGAUGCAAAAAAUGCCAAGGUAUUUUCCAACUGAAGAGGGCGUGCACUGCAACGCAAAAUGCAGAAUGUGUCUGCAUAAAUGGUUAUCAUUGUUCCGGGAAAGAAUGUUCAAUGUGUGAGAAAGAUUGUAAAGAAGGUCAAGAACUAACCAGAAAAGGUUGUAAAGAUUGUGGCUAUGGGACAUUUAACAAUCGGUCUUAUGGGAUGUGCAGAGAAUGGACAAACUGUUCCCUGGCUGGAAAAGUUGUGCUCCAAAAUGGAACACAAAUGAGCGAUGUGGUAUGUGGAAAAGUUUCAACAGACUUCUCUCCGGAUGCCUUCUCAGUCACCAUUCCAUCUGUCUUUGUAGCAGACAAGGAUAUCCAGGUAUUCACCAUUACCCUUGCUCUCAUCAUGGCUUCGUCAGUGUUCUUAGUUCUGCUCAUCACGUUUUGUUUCUGUAUCACAAUCUGGAGCAAAAAGAAGCUACCGGAUAUCUUCAAGCAGACAUUUAUAAAACCAGUGCAAACUGCGCAAGAAGAAGAUGCCUGUAGUUGCCGCUUCCCAGAAGAAGAAGAAGGAGAAUGCAGUGACUGCUGUGAAUCCUUAAGAUUGAAAUCAGAGCUGCAAUUAAAGCUUCCGGAUCCUUGAAGACUAAAUUUCUUCUAGGAGAUGGAACAGAAGUAUUACAGUAUUUUCAGAUAGAAUGAGACAUUCUUAAGGUUUUGGCUAAAGGGGGCAUUUUUACAGUUUUUCUUCAUAAUAUUCAUUCCACCAGUCUUCAUCUGUGGCCAUGAACAUCGCUAAUUUAGUGUGGUAAAGUAUUUACAUGAUUCAUUUUUUUGUAUAUGAAUUUAGGGCAUAGUAUGAAUCGUUAUGAAUCGCGAAAGCAGUAUUUAGCAAAAAAUAUUUUUUUAAGUACUCUCCAGCAACUAAUUGGACUUGUCCUUAAUAUUUCCAUUUAAUUACGUGUUCAAUGAAAUGUGUAUAAUCUUUUGAACUUUUAAAUGGGUUAGUUUGGUACCUUGUAGAGGUUUAAUAUAUUAAUAUAGAGUAGUAAAAGUAUUUAUUAAGCACUUACUUUGUGCAGGGCACUGUACUAAGUGCCAGGGGUUGGAAGGGAAGGGGAGAAGCAGGGAAACGGGAAGGGGGGACCCAUCAAUGAGUUUGAAUAUAACAUAAAAAUUUGGAUUGAAACUGCAUAAAUUGUUUUCUAUAAAA